CAUAACAAAACUGUUUUGGCCACUUUGAUUAAGUCAUUGGUUGACUUAGAUGUGUAGCACAAAAACAAACCAAAAUUUAAGUUGAGAUUGACAAUAUUUUCUCUAAUAGAAGCCAAAUUAGAAAAUAUGGAGAAAAUGCUGUUUUUCCCUAUAUAAAAUCCUAUGAAUCCGAAAUAAUAAACUCAAAAUAUGAUGAUGAUGGUUUCCAGCAAAAUAUUCUCUUCAGUUCAAUUUUUCACUCUUUUAUAUCUCUUUACAGUUACUUUUGCUUCCACUAAGGAAGCUACUGCACUCCUGAAAUGGAAAGCAACUUUCAAGAACCAGAAUAAUUCCUUAUUGGCUUCAUGGACUCCAAGCUCUAACGCAUGCAGGGACUGGUAUGGAGUUAUAUGCUUUAAUGGUAGGGUAAAUACGUUGAAUAUUACAAAUGUUAGUGUCAUUGGUACACUCUAUGCUUUUCCGUUUUCAUCUCUCCCUUUUCUUGAGAAUCUUGAUCUUAGCAGGAACAAUUUCUUUGGCACCAUUCCAGGAGAAAUAGGUUACUUGAGGUCUCUUACUAAACUAGAUUUGAGUGAAAACUCUCUUAAUGGUUCUAUUCCUUCUUCAUUGGGGAAUUUGAACAACUUGUCUAUUUUGUUUCUUUUUAAUAAUCAGCUUUCUGGUUCUAUUCCUUCUUCAUUGGGGAAUUUGAACAACUUGUCUAUUUUGUUUCUUUUUAAUAAUCAGCUUUCUGGUUCUAUUCCUUCUUCAUUGGGGAAUUUGAACAACUUGUCUAUUUUGUUUCUUUUUAAUAAUCAGCUUUCUGGUUCUAUUCCUUCUUCAUUGGGGAAUUUGAACAACUUGUCUAUUUUGGAUCUUUCUGAUAAUCAGCUUUCUGGUUCUAUUCCUUCUACAUUGGGGAAUUUGAACAACUUGUCUAUUUUGGAUCUUUCUGAUAAUCAGCUUUCUGGUUCUAUUCCUUCUACAUUGGGGAAUCUGAGCAACUUGUCUAAUUUGGAUCUUUAUAGCAAUCAACUUUCUGGUUCUAUUCCUUCUUCAUUGGGGAAUUUGAACAACUUGUCUAUUUUGUUUCUUUUUAAUAAUCAGCUUUCUGGUUCUAUUCCUUCUUCAUUGGGGAAUUUGAACAACUUGUCUAUUUUGGAUCUUUCUGAUAAUCAGCUUUCUGGUUCUAUUCCUUCUUCGUUGGGAAAUUUGAACAACUUGUCUAUUUUGUAUCUUUCCGUUAAUCAGCUUUCUGGCUCUAUUCCUGAAAAAAUUGGUUACUUGAGGUCUCUUAAUACACUAACUUUGUUUAAUAACUCUCUUAAUGGUUCUAUUCCUUCUUCAUUGGGGAAUUUGAACAACUUGUCUAUUUUGGAUCUUUCUGAUAAUCAGCUUUCUGGUUCUAUUCCUUCUUCGUUGGGAAAUUUGAACAACUUGUCUAUUUUGUUUCUUUCUGAUAAUCAUCUUUCUGGCUCUAUUUCUUCUUCAUUGGGGAAUUUGAACAACUUGUCUAUUUUGUUUCUUUCUUAUAAUCAGCUUUCUGGCUCUAUUCCUUCUUCAUUGGGGAAUUUGAACAACUUGUCCAAUUUGGGUCUUUCUUAUAAUCAGCUUUCUGGCUCUAUUCCUUCUUCAUUGGGGAAUUUGAACAAGUUGUCUAGUUUGGAUCUUGAUACAAAUCAGCUUUCUGGUUCUAUUCCUUCUUCAUUGGGGAAUUUGAACAAGUUGUCUAGUUUGAUUCUUUCUCAUAAUCAGCUUUCUGGCUCUAUUCCUUCUUCAUUGGGGAAUUUGAACAACUUGUCCAAUUUGGGUCUUUCUUAUAAUCAGCUUUCUGGCUCUAUUCCUUCUUCAUUGGGGAAUUUGAACAAGUUGUCUAGUUUGGAUCUUGAUACAAAUCAGCUUUCUGGUUCUAUUCCUUCUUCAUUGGGGAAUUUGAACAAGUUGUCUAGUUUGAUUCUUUCUCAUAAUCAGCUUUCUGGUUCUAUUCCUUCUUCAUUGGGGAAUUUGAACAAGUUGUUUAGUUUGGAUCUUGCUAGAAAUCAGCUUUCUGGCUCUAUUCCUUCUUCAUUGGGGAAUUUGAGAAAUUUAGUACGUCUGUUUCUCAAUGAUAACAAUCUCACUGAGGAAUUUCCUUCAUUUGUGUGCAAUUUAACAUCACUGAAAGUGUUGGAUAUGACGAGAAACAACUUGAAGGGAAAAGUCCCCCAAUGUUUGGGUAAUAUCAGUGGCCUCCAGAUUUUGUCAAUGUCACAUAAUCAUCUCAGAGGAGAGAUCCCUUCAUCUAUUUUCAAGUUAACAUCACUACAAAUUCUGAAUUUGGGCAGAAACAAUCUGGAGGGAGCAAUUCCACAAUGUGUUGGCAAUAUUCGUGGCCUCCAGGUUUUGGAUAUUCAGAACAACAAACUUUCUGGGACUCUUCCAACAAAUUUUAGGGUUGGAAGUUCACUUAGAAGUCUCAACUUGCAUGGAAAUGAACUAGAGGGGAAAAUCCCUCGACCUUUAGCCCGUUGCAAAAUGUUGCAAGUUCUUGAUCUAGGAAAUAACCAACUCAACGACACAUUCCCCAUGUGGUUGGGAACUUUGACAGAGCUUAGAGUUUUAAGAUUGGCAUCGAAUAAAUUGCAUGGACCCAUAAGAUCUUUAGGGGAUGAAAUCAUGUUUCCUGAUCUUCGAAUCAUAGAUCUCUCUUACAAUGCCUUCUCAAAAGACUUACCAACGAGUCUAUUUCAACAUUUGAAAGGGAUGAAGAGAAUUGAUCAAACAAUGAAGGUACCAAGUUAUGCAGGAGGUGGAUAUUACGAAGACUCGGUAGUUAUUGAAACAAAGGGAUUGGAGUUUGAAGUUGUGAGAAUUUUGUCCUUGUACACAGUUAUCGAUCUUUCAAGCAACAAAUUUGAAGGACAUAUUCCUAGUGUUCUAGGAGAUCUCAUUGGUCUUCGGGUGUUGAAUAUGUCUCACAAUGGAUUGAAAGGUCCUAUACCACCAUCACUUGGAAGUUUAUCUGUAGUGGAAUCACUGGACCUUUCGUUUAACCAGCUUUUGGGAGAGAUACCACAACAACUUGCUUCUCUUACGUCUCUUGAAUUCUUAAAUCUCUCUCACAAUUAUCUCCAAGGAUGCAUCCCUCAAGGACCUCAAUUUAAUACCUUUGAGAACAAUUCAUAUGAAGGUAAUGAUGGAUUACGUGGAUUCCCCGUUUCAAAAGGUUGUGGCAAUGAUCCUGUGACAAAUUAUACAGUAUCUGCUCUAGACGAUCAAGAAAGCAAUUCUGAAUUUCUGAAUGAUUUUUGGAAAGCAGCUGUGAUGGGCUAUGGCAGUGGACUAUGUAUUGGAUUAUCCAUUAUAUAUUUCAUGAUCUCAACUGGAAAUCUGAAAUUGCUUGCAAGAAUCAUUGAAGAACUGGAACACAAAAUUACCACGCGAAGGAGAAAGAAGCAGCGAGGUCAGAGGAAUUACAGAAGAAGAAAUAAUCGCUUGUAGACAAGUUACCAAUAGAGAAGGAUUUGAUUUCAGAACUUCAGAUGCCAAGAAUAAGUAGACGGCGACGUAAUGGAUUUGGUUCUUCCUGCAGCUUAUGAUGUAGGAUUUGAUUUAUAGUUUCUUUUUAGUUUUACAAGUAAGCUUUUUCUUCACUGGGGAAAAUGUAACAUUAUGAAUUUUGAUGAUAUAUCAAGUUUAAGUAAUAUUUUGACGUAUUAAAUAAAUGUUGUUUGUAUUGAA